CCUUCCAUCUCUAAACUCACCAAAUUCUUUUUUUUAUUCUACUCUAAACUAACUACAAUAUUGACAGGAACUUGACCAUUUCAUCCCUCCUUGUGAAACGUUCUCAACCGCUAGUCUUCCUCUACAAUACAAUACGAUAAUUACUCUGUCAACAUGGUCAAGUGCUUGUGCUCUUAACAGUAAACCCAUUAGCGGCACAACGACCACGCAGUUGUAGAUAGAUAGCAAUGGCAAAUGAGGCGGGAAUAGCUGUGGACGCAGUUGCCGUUCCUUUUGUAGCGCAGGGGCACAUAAUUCCUUUCAUGCGCCUCUGCCAACUUCUUGCAUCCAAACAUCAUCUCACCAUUGCCCUUCUCACAAACCCCACAAACGCAAAGCGCCUCAGAGCAAUACAAAACGAUGCUUGUUCUUCAUCAUCAUCCCUGCAGAUCAUUGACAUCCCGCUGCCUCCCUCGGCGGUUCUGGAAAGCACCGAUCAACUGCUGCCCUCUCAAAGAGCCACACUCUACGCUACGAUUGAACAAAUGAAGCCCUCUUUCACUCACCUCCUCACCCAACUAAGACCAAAGUGCUUAAUUGCUGAUUUCUCCCCAAUUUAUCUCCCUGAGCUUGCCGAUGAAUUGGAAAUACCAGUCUUCUUCUACAUAACCACGGGCGCCUACGCUUUCAGUAUGUUACAUGCCCUUGCAAAUAGCUUUCCUUUUCCUCUUCCGGCGGACCACACGGCCGGUGUUCGUCUCCUCACGAGUUUUCCCAAACCGGUUUCUUUCACCAAUUCCGAUAUUCUUCCUCCUUUCCGUGGGGCUGGCCGGACAGGUAUCCCGUACGAUUUGUUCUCCAGGCAUUUUGGGCAAAUUAGGCGUAGCCAGGGUGUGGUGAUGAACACGUUUGAGGAGAUGGAGAUGGGAUUUGUAGAUCAUGUGCAGAGCUCCUUUGGGGUGCCUGCGUGGAGCGUCGGCCCGGUUCUGAACACCCAUUCAGCUGAUUUUGAAGAGGGAGGUGUGAAGGAUUGGUUGGAUCAUCGGGAUCCUGGAUCGGUGGUAUAUGUUAACUUUGGCAGCGAGAUUGUGCUUUCCGGGGAGCAGAGGGAGGAGGUUGCUGCAGGUCUAGAGGCAAGUGGGCAGUGUUUUUUGUGGGCGGUGAAGAAUCCUCCCGGGGAUGAAGGGUUACAGAGUGCUGUUCUUCAGCAAGGGUUUCGAGAGCGCACGGCGGACCGUGGUAUGGUGGUCACUGGUUGGGCUCCUCAACAGGCUAUUUUGAGUCAUUCUUCAGUUGGAGGCUUCCUGAGCCACUGUGGGUGGAACUCGACGUUGGAGAGUAUAAGUAAUGGAAUCCCUAUGUUGGCCUGGCCAUUUCAGUACGACCAGUCCUUUGUGAAAAAGCUGCUGGUUGAAGAGCUACGAGUGGCCGAGGAGAUUAAGAGGGAGCCCGUUGGAAAUGACGUUUUUAUUGUAACAAGUGCAGAAAUAGAGAGGGCUGUGAGAUUACUGAUUGAAGGGAAGGAAGGCAGAGACAUGAGAAGAAGGGCAUGUGAGUUGAAAGAAGCAGCAAUACGGGCAGUAGGAGAGGGUGGAAGUUCGUUUAAUAAUGUAGAGAAAUUUGUAUCCUUGAUCCACAACAUUCAGACCAAGUAGACGUGCUUCCCAAGUUUAAGCUAAAGACUAAUAAACAUGAAGGGAUGCACCAUUUUGUUAAGAGAACAAUCUUGAAGUUUUCUGUAACACACGGUAUUUAUUAUUUAUUGCCUAGUGAAGUCAGUAACAAGCUCUUCCAUAUUUUCAUACCAAAUUAACCAAUUAAAAAAAAAACUCUCUUCCGUCACUCCGCUUGCUGUUAAUGCUUAUACAACUUAUUUUAUCUCAUUCGUUCACAGAUUAUUCCAAUUCAUGCGAACGCUAACAUGAAUUCUUAACACCCCUUCUUGGUGUGAAUAUGGGAGAAAGCAAAUAACAUAAAUUGGAAACAAAUUGAGUAUCGUUUUAACACUUUCUUCUUCA